AUGGUCAACAUCAGUGAAGUCAAGGGCAACACGCGCGAAAACAGGACCGCGGCGCAUACACAUAUCAAGGGAUUAGGAUUAAGGCCAGAUGGUACCGCAGAGACUUCCGGCCAUGGCUUCGUCGGGCAGACUGCCGCCCGAGAGGCUUGCGGCGUGGUUGUCGAUCUCAUCAAAGCGAAGAAGAUGUCUGGACGAGCGGUUCUGUUAGCCGGAGGCCCAGGCACCGGCAAGACCGCUCUAGCGUUAGCAGUCUCGCAAGAACUUGGGACAAAGGUUCCUUUCUGUCCCAUAGUGGGCAGCGAAGUGUAUUCUACGGAGGUCAAGAAGACCGAGGCAUUGAUGGAAAACUUCAGAAGAGCCAUUGGUCUCCGAGUGCGGGAAAUGAAAGAGGUCUACGAAGGCGAAGUAACCGAACUCAUCCCCGAAGAAGCAGAGAAUCCGCUAGGAGGUUACGGGCGCACGAUUUCUCACCUCAUACUCACGUUGAAGUCGGCCAGAGGCACCAAGAAACUACGUUUAGAUCCAAGUAUCUACGAAGCCAUCCAGAAAGAAAGAGUGAGCGUUGGAGACGUGAUCUACAUCGAAGCAAACACAGGCGCAUGCAAGAGAGUUGGCCGUUCGGAUGCAUAUGCAACCGAAUUCGAUCUCGAGGCUGAAGAAUACGUCCCGGUGCCUAAGGGAGAAGUCCAUAAGAAAAAGGAGGUUGUACAAGAUGUGACAUUACAUGAUCUUGAUAUCGCCAACGCCAGACCGCAGGGUGGCCAAGAUGUUAUGAGCAUGAUGGGCCAGCUGAUGAAACCGAAGAAGACAGAGAUUACAGACAAGCUAAGAGCCGAGAUCAACAAGGUGGUCAGCAAGUAUAUCGAUCAGGGCGUUGCCGAACUCGUGCCUGGUGUGCUGUUUAUUGACGAAGUGCACAUGCUCGAUAUUGAGUGCUUCACCUAUCUCAAUCGCGCUCUCGAAUCUCCCAUCUCACCAAUCGUCAUUCUGGCCUCGAAUCGAGGCAACACUGUGAUCCGCGGCACACAGGAUAUCACAGGAGCACAUGGCGUGCCUCCGGAUCUAUUGGCGCGUCUGUUGAUCAUUCCUACCCACCCCUACAACGAGUCCGAAGUUCAGACAAUUGUUCGGUUGCGUGCCAAGACAGAAGGCCUGGCUAUUUCAGAUGCAGCGUUGCAGAAGGUUGCCCAGCAUGGCACAAGUGUCUCGCUACGAUACGCUCUGCAGCUGUUGACGCCCAGCAGUAUCCUGGCCAAGGUCAACGGAAGACAGGAAAUCGCACCCGAGGACGUGGCCGAGUGCGAGGACUUAUUCAUCGACGCGAGAAGAAGUGCUAAAGUUGUCGAGAACGGAACAGGAUUCAUCAGCUGA